CGACUCUGAGUGUCUGCGCGCAUCAAAGUCGCUGAUUGUAGCUAUCCCGGUCACGGUACAGUGAGUGCUGAGGUAUAUGAGGAUGAAGUGGCAUUUGAGUCAUCAGCGCCAGCGAACCUCGCCUCGCCCGAGUCGCGCGUCACGUGGCUGACCCCGUCCACUCACACUUCUGCCACGGCAGCUGAUGCUCAAUGAGCCUGCUACACUCCGCGAGCAAGUACAAGAUGAGCUCGAAGCACUGAUUGCCAUCUACGGCGGUGAUAAGGUCAAGCCUGAGCCAGCACAUCGUCGCUGCACGGUACUCGUCGAUCUCGCUUCGGAUGACGAGCCUCUGCCUGCCGAACUUCUGCUGAGCCUGCCAGAAGGCUAUCCGGAUCAUACUGCACCUCGUAUACAGCUACUCAGUCGGUACAUAGGCCCCUUUGCUGUCGAGCCUGCCCUGUUCGGUCAGAUCCUUCGAAUCUACUUUGCACCCGUCCGAGCGGAUGAAGAUGAGCCUGAGCUGCCGUCACUGUGGCAAGCUGGACAGGUGGCCUUGUUCGAAGGCAUCGAAGCAGCCAAGGAGAUUCUCGCGCAGUACUAUCGUGAUCACCUCGUCAAGGCUCAGGCGGCAGACUACGAACGGCAGGCAGACCGCGACAAACGAGCGCCGCCUGCGGUAGCUGAAGCGUCCAUCAUGCCAACGCCCAGUACAGCACAAUCACAAACGCUACCCUGUCAUCUCAAGAUCGUCUCUUGCGACCCAAUUGUGGACCGCAAGUCCGUCUUUGUCGGCCAUGCCUGUCGUUUGAAGUCUCGCGACGAUGUUAGUAGCGUGCUCUCGUAUCUCCUUUCAGAUCGCAAGAUUGCCCGAGCUGCACACAAUAUCUCUGCAUGGCGUUGGCGAGCACCCGAUACGGGCAUCGUUCAUCACGAUUGCGACGAUGACGGCGAGACCGCAGCGGGAGGCCGCUUAGCUCAUCUGCUCGAGCUUUGUCAUGCGACUGAUGUGGUGGUUGUCGUCUCACGAUGGUUCGGCGGGGUUCAUCUGGGUCCUGAUCGUUUCAAGCACAUCAAUGCUGCAGCGCGUGCAGCUCUGCUCCUGUCCGGUGCAAUCGAAUGAUAGCUACACGGCCUCGAUGGAUUCUGGAUAGGUCAAGCCGGUCUGCCCGCGGAUCUCAUCGAAUAUCUGCUUAGCUGGUCAACGAAAAGUAUGAUCGUAUCACCGACGAGACAUGCCUUCAUCUGGAGAAUAGUCUCGCGGUGCGGCAUCCGACUGUGCUCAAUCUCACCAGCUCUGAUAGCUCUUGCGC